CCCUCUCCUCCCACAGAGGAUGCAGGACAGUGUGGAAUGGUUCUGACUCCUGACGGCAGAGAGAAGUGGCCGCGAACAUCACGAGGACAGUCAGAAAUCACGCUCUGGGAUCACAUUUCCUUUGUUGUUGUUUUUAUUGUGGCUUUUCCCCUCCAAAUCCUUCACUUAUUUCCCUUGACUCAUGACAGCAUGACGGAGCGUGGACUUGCACAUUUUGGAUGAUUUUAAUAAUGGUUCGCUUCAAAUGUACAUUUCCACGGAGCUGCUGCUGAGCUUUCAUUCAAAGUCCGACUGGAUUCUCACAGCGUGAUGGAUACAAAUGAGUUUGCAGUACUGAAACUUUUUGUUUUUGGGAUUUUGGUCAAUGCCUGGAUGAUGAGAGGAUUGUCAGCCACUGACAGUUUCAACAUAGAGCCCACUCCCUCCCGGCCGAGGAAAGCCUGCAAUGAGUCACGUCUGCAGUGGGAGGUGGAGGUCUGUGGAGAGGACUUCAAGCGGGACAUGGGUCACAUAGAUCCACAUUACUGGUGUAACCUCACACACUUUAUCAGUGAGUACCACAUCUUCACCCUCUGCACGGAGACAAAGUCCCACAUCGUCAGCUGCUACUGGCCCAAUCCGCUGGUGGAGAGCUACAUCAUCCGCAUACACAAGCACUUUUUCUCCAACUGCACCAUGGACCAGGUGGUAUGGCUGGACCCGCCGGACGACACACUAACCAUCCUCAUCCUCAUCCCUGUUUUCCUCACAUUGGCCAUGAUCGCCCUGGUGGUCUGGUGCAGCAAGAGGAGUGACAUCCUGGCUUAGGAGGAGAGGAAGAUGGAAGUGGAUGGAGAAGAGCGAGAGAAGGACAGAAUUCAAGGUCCCAACCUCUCCACUAAAACAAUACUGUACAAAGGAGUGCACAGAGGUUUUAAGAGGUUGGUUCAGUUGGUCAAAUUAGAUCAUAAAUGGCGCCGCAAACCACCUAAACUUCUUGUGGAAAUUAAUUUUAAUAUUUUAUGUGUAUUUUUUCACAGUGUCAUUGACCUAAUAUCACUCAACAUGUUCAACAUAAUUUUCUAUAAUAAUAAUAAUAAUAAUAAUACUUAUUUGCUUUCUUCAGCAAAUUUGAAGCUGGAGCCAGAAGCUGGUUAGCUUAGCUUAGCAUAAAGACUGUUAACAGAGGGAACAUAACCCAGUGUAAAAUCACAGAGUGUCGCUUUUACACAAACAAAGAAGAUAAAAUGUGUUAACUAGUGAGCUUUAGAGGUGCCGGUAGAUGGAUUUUACAUUUGGAUCGCGCCAUAUUAGCUGUUCCCCCUGGUUUGCAGCCUUGAGCUAAACUAAGCUAAGCUAAGCUUCUUUUUUAGCAUACAGACAUGAGUGUGGUAUUAAUCUUCUCAUUCUCA